CCAAAACAUGUUUCCAAAAUUACUUUCUCAUUCGGUUUUAGUAUAAUGAAUCUGUUCAUUAUCUGUGAAUUAACGAUCUGUUGAACCUUUUACGGCGAAGCUUCAGUUAUGGCAAACGUUUAUGCCAUACAAAUCAUAACAACCCCAGUGACAAUAGAAGAAAACCACCAAAAAGGCUAGCAACAGUUUCGGUUGUACAUUCUGUGUUUUGUUAUCAGUUUGUGUUUUACAGUCGGUGACUCAAGUCAUUCUUUGUAGUGUUCCACUGAGUGUUAUUUUUCCUUAAAAUUUUAGUUAAGAAAGCAAAACAUACCACACGUUAUGGAGGAGAAUACAGAUUGUGAUACCUCGUAUCCGCAAAUGUGCCAACCGAUCGUGACGCUGAAGGCGCUGCUCGACUUUGAAAAGGGGCCGCAUCCCUGGAAGAAUUUGGUCGAACCGAUCGCACCGCGGUCCCGGUCGCGGUAUCUGGGCGAACGAUACCAGGUGCUCAAUUUUGCCAACGACCCCGUCACGUACGUGGAGAACGCGUCCCGACCGCAGGUAUUGCUAUGCCACGACUUCAAGGGUAACUACCUGAACGACAAAUACAUCAACGGUGUGCAAGGCGAAGAGCAAUGGGUGGACUACCGUUUCUACAACUGGGCCGCGAUCGAUAUAUUCUGCUACUUUAGCCACUACUUCGUUACCGUGCCGACGCUACAGUGGCUCAACUGUGCGCAUCGCAAUGGCGUGAAGGUGAUCGGCACACUGAUCGUGGAGCAGAAGAAUGUACAGCUGCUGCGGGAUAUACUGCAAUCGGAAGAGUUUAUGGUGCGCGUCGUGGAGGCACUCGUGCAGGUGUCGAAGGUGUGCCAGUUUCACGGCUGGCUGUUGAACAUCGAGUGUGGGCUGGAAUCGUCGAAGGUUGGGAUGCUGCGGGACUUUGUCCAGCUGCUGACGGACCGCUGCCAUGCAGAGAUACCAGGCAGCUUGGUGAUCUGGUACGAUGCCAUCACGAAGAGCGGUCGGGUCGACUGGCAGAACGAGCUGAACAGUGCGAACGAUGCGUUCUUUCUAGCGUGCGACGGUAUCUUCCUGAACUACGCCUGGAAUCGGCAGAAGCUGGAGCGGACGGAAAACUACAUCCGCAACUACUGUCCGGACCGCCGGUUGGACGUGUUUGUCGGGAUCGAUGUGUUUGGCCGCAGCCAAAAGGCACAGAUGGACACGAACGCACCGCUCGAGCAGGUGAUGAACUUUCCGUUCUCCGUCGCACUGUUCGCGCCCGGGUGGACGUUCGAAUCGCUGGAGGAAUCGUCCCGGCGGGACCAGCUCGAACCAGACGACCGGAACGUGCAGUUUCUGCAGAUGAACGACCGGUUUUGGAACCGGCUGUGGCGCCAUCUGUACGUACGCGGACCGACGCAGCUCCCGUUCUACAGCUCGUUCUGUCUCGGGUCGGGCAAAUUUUACAACCGGCUCGGCAAAACCCAGUCCGACGAGUGUUGGUUCAAUCUGGCGAAGCAAAACUUCCAACCGUCCAUCCCGUACACGCCACCGCUCGAGUACGAAACGCGCAACGAUCCGCUGUCCCACUGGACGCACCACUUUGACGGUGCGCUCGACGGUGGUUCGUGCCUGAAGCUGCGCAAUCACGAGCACGAUAAGCGGCUGUUUGCCUGCGAUUUCCCGUGCGCGAACGAUCUGAUCGUGUGCUACGCGUACCGGCGCAGCAACCCGGCGACGGUUGAUCUGGCGCUCGUGCUGAAAGCGUACUGCCCCCGGCGGCACGAGUGCGUCCGCAUUGUCUGUGCCAAUGCCGACUGUCACGUGGGCGACCGGAACGAAAUGCGUGCCAUACCGCUGGACAAGGAGGAAUCAUUGCAGCUGCUCAAGCUUGGCGCUGUGUCACAGCUUCCACUUGCCGACACGGUCAACGGUUGGGAUAUCAGGUACUACUAUUUAUCCGCCGAGGAGCUCCCACCGGGCAUCCGAAUUGUGGAUAUCGGUAUGAAGCUGCACAAGGAACCGGCUGCACAAUCGACCGAAUACGCUCUGCUCGGUGCCAUCCAUCUGCAGAUCGGUAUACCGACGCACCGUAAUUAUCUGACCCAACGCACCGUGCUGUUCUUCGAUCGUCCCGAGUGACGCAAAGGACCUGCAAUGCCGCACCGCAUGUUUCGAUGGCAAUAAACCUAAUCAAUACGCACGCUUCCAUCGUUAACCAAUGCGUAACAAUAUCACCAAACAACGUCGCGCUGCUGGUCUUGGGCAGCAGAACGCUUCAAUCAACCGAGCGAGUUUUAACAGUUUUGGUACGGUUUUGGUGUUCGAUCCGGUGCUAUUGUUUGUGCCUUUGCUGAUUAUGUGCUAUUAUGUCGUUCUUCUCUGAAUCUUCUGGCACCUUGUGUUCGGAAUUGUUCGGAGACUGACAAUAUGAACACAAAAACAAAUAGAAUUAGACUGACAGCAAGAAUGUGAGCCUUUACAACCUGUCACUAUAAGCGUUCAGGGGAUUUGGUACUGAAGAAUGGCUCAACGAGGGCGUUUCUAAAUCGUAGUUAGAGCGACAUCACUAAAGUCAUCACCUCCAGAGACACGUUGUGAGUAAAUUUCAUGCUCCUUAGGGCGAGACGAUAUUGUAAUAUCUCCAAUUUAUAUUCUUAAACUAGAAAUUACGAGAAGCUGACUAUUUAAUGCCCAAUGGAUGCAUAUGUUUCUGUAUCUACUCGGCAAGGUUAUCCAGGAUAGUUUGUAAAGUAUUUUUUUUCGAUUCAAAGGAAAGGUCUUGUGAGCAAACUAUUUGUUGUACACAUUGCCGUUUCGCAUUAAGCAAAGUACCUCCGAUUAUCAUCAGCUCCAAUUGCACACGCUUAAUAUUUGAGCAGCAUUGAACGAGCCGUGACGAAAUAACCUGUAAGCAAAGGACCUUACUAACGCCGAUGAUCGAUACAUCCCCGUGUUCCGCUGCCAGCGCAAUUCAAUGUCAGCUGGAAUUGUGCGCACGAUAGAUACACAGCGGCGACGCGCCAUCACACCGAAGAAUGUUAAUUACAAACGAUGGCCGUAAAAUUCCAUUCCACCUAUCCAGAUUGCCCCCAAGCAUCGAAAGGUUUCGGAUUCAAAUUACCGACACAAACGCACACAACGAGCCGCCUGCCAGCUACCUGCCAAGUGGGGAGCAUGUAUAUUUUGUUUUUCUUAUGCAGAGGACACAACGAAAUGAAACAGGUUUUGGGCUGUUCGAUAUUGCCGUGAGGAUGAAAAAUGACCACAUACGGUUGGAAUGUUGACGAUUGUUUCGCGAAUCCAAAAAAAAAA